AUGUCCCACCUUUCCCUUGCUGCAAUGUCCUGGUACCGUUCUCGGGACCACGACCGCAGCGCAAGCGCCGUCAAGAACCACCUUGCGAGCACCCGCGUCAAGAACGCGGCCCUGCCACAGAUAUCUGUGUCAUGGCCGUUGCGCCCCACAUCCUGGCACCCGACCAACAUCCCAGAGACGUUGUCGACUCUGCUACGGGUCGUGCGAGCCUCAACCUCGUCUACCAACCUGACUGCGGUGUCCAUCCUGGACGGUGUCGUGAAGUUAAUGACAGAAAUAAGGAGAUUAACCCUCUGGCUAAUCAGGAGGGUUAUAACCAAGCCGGCAAUGGAUCUACUCAUCAGGUCCUCCACUCCGACGACUUUGCGCCGGUCGUCGAGGGCAGGCUCAACUUCCGGGUACUCCGCAACAAUAGAACGGGCACCCUCACCUUGCCCACCGGGCAAAUCGGCGACAAGUUCCUCAACUACGUACCGAGACCCCAUAAAGAUGGACAAGAACAAGCUCAAGUUUCGCAUGGACCCCAGACCGCCACCCCACCUCGUCGAGGCGCUCCGAAAGACCCCCUACGUCGGCCCUGAUAUCGAGGAGGAUCGGCAGAACAUCAACGAGAAGCUUGACAAAAAGCUUCGUGUCGACGUCGUGCAGUUUGGGGUGCUCUAUCGGGCUACCUACCCUCGCUCAGGGAAGGAGCCCCUUCAAGCCCGUUUUCUCUCUAUUGAGUGGCAGCGCGAGUAUGUGAAAGAUAGUCUUGGUCAAUUAGAGUUCGAGUACGAUCAUAAACUCGUUCGAAUCACGCUCGGAAGCGAGUUGACGGAACAGGAGGGCAAGACUCCAUUUGAGUUUGCUGCCUCCCGUGCAGAUCCGCUGAACGAAGAGACCUCGAUUCCGCUACUUUCGCGGAUUUUUUACCUUGCCUGCAUCAAAAAUGACGAACGACUCGAGAUCGCGAAGUUCCAUCAGCCUGUCUGGUGGACCUACAUCUGGGGAUGGAUGGCUUUCGAUGAGGCUCAGACGUGGAUGCAGUGCGACGCGCCUGACGCCAUCUGGAUGCACUACAAGGUGUAUGGCACGACACCUCCCAAACCAUCUUUGUUCGGUUUCGACAGGGCUCACAAGACUCACGGGAUAGCAAGACGUCUUGUCGCCGUCGCCCGAGACUGGUUCGUUAUCUGGAUGGGGUUCCUGUCGUACCUCAUUGCCCAGUCUCGCGCAAACCCGUUCAAUUGGCCCGAUUGCAAACAGAAGGACUGGGGCCAGAAAGGGGCGCUCCCCAAGUGGUACGUGGUGCUCCGAGAGGAAGGAUUCCAGGAGGACUGGGCUAGUGGCCCCUUGACAUCGGACUUGAAGAAUGGUCAGGAGUAUGCAGGCUAUGAGCAUUCAGACGGCAAGGAUGAUGGCUUUGAUCCUUUUGAAGGCUACGAGCACCUUUAUAUCGGCGAAGACCAGAACGUCUCACCACCUCUCCAGACGGAAUCCCCCCUCUGGUACCUCUCCUGA